GAUCCAAUAUGGCGGCGGCAUUGGUGAAGAACGUGGAGGCGUUAGCAACGUCUCUUUCUGCUUUCAAACUGUUCCAAAGAGUACCAGCAUGUACAACCCUUCAUCCAGUACUACAGUCAACAAGAACUCUACACACUUCUGUGAUGUUGCAAGGUGGACGACCAAAGAGUUUCUGGAGAACGAAAAGACAUCCUGCUAAUACAAGGAUCGAUCAUAAUCUUCCAGAAAAAAUUAAAGACAGAAAAGCAUUUGGAGGCCACAGAAAGUUGAAAGCAUUGAGGAUUAACAAGGGCUGCUUCACAUGGGAUUCACUUGGUGUGGACCUGGAGACACCAAUUGUUAGUGUAAUUCACAGCUAUGCAAACAAACAGCAUGUCCAUAAAAAUGUCAUUGUCAAAGGAAGCAUUGUUCAAAUAGAUGCAAAUCCCUUUAAAACAUGGUAUGAAGCGCACAAAGAACAGCACAAUGAGGAAAAACUACAAUCCUCUCAAGACAACAAUAACAUAAAAUUACUAAAUGAAGAUGUAUUAUAUGCUAAAAUAUCAACAAGACCCGGUCAGGUUGGAGCAUGUAAUGGAUAUAUUUUAGAAGGAAAGGACCUUGAAGAUAUUCAGAGUAUUAUCAGUAAUAGCAAUACAGUCAAGUAAAUCAGUCAUCAACAGAGCAGAAUUUAUUCAUGUUUUUUUUCCACACUCAUUUGCUUAACCACAUAUUCAUAUACAUGUAACUUUCAAGUUUUCUUUUAGAUGGAUGUAAAACCCUGCCCAGUUUUUAAUGUUGCAAUAAUUUAAAAAAUAAAUAUUUUCUUUGGUUGAGGCAAUUUGUGGGUUACAUUUGUAAUAAAUGAAAAGUCAGUCUU